CGCCGACGCCAUCUGGGCGGAGCUCCCGUGGCCGCCGCGUGUCGGCCCUGGCGGUUGCAUGUAUGCGGGAGGGGAGCGCCAAUGGGGGAGUCGACCGAGAGGGAGGCGGCGCUGAUGCCGCCGCCGCCGUCGCUUCUGUGGAGGCGGUCCGGCGGCAGAAGCAGCCUUCCUCGUCCGGCUCGGCUGCGUCGUCUUCGUCGGCGGAGGAGCAGGGAGGCAAGAACAAGCAGGGGAGGCGCAGGAGCAAGCGGCGGGAGGAGGUCCUGAGGGCGAUCCGGGACAGGCUGCCCGCCGCCCCCUCCUGCUGGGGCAACAGCGUCUCGGUCGUCCAGGAGCGGAGGGGCCGGAGGGGGAGGCCCGACGAUCGCCGCCGCAACGGCGGCGGCGAGGUCCUGCAGGAGGAGGGCUCCGGCGCGGGAACCGCCGCGGCGCCGGCGUGGUGCUGCCUCUGCCCCGAAGGGGACUGCUGCUCGCUGGAGGCCAACCCCAGCGCCAACGGCAAGGAGGACCCGGGCCUCCGCUCCCUCCUCGAGCGCAACGACUUCUACUCCGACGACUGCAACCCGCACGCCGUCGCCGUCAACGACGACGACGACGGCGGCGGCUUCGAAACCCCGGCCGCCGAUUUUGAUUAGGUGCCGUCGAUCCGUUACUGCACAUUGCUGUACAGAAAUUCUAUACACCGUUAUCUGAAGCAAAUUAUACACAGAUUGGUUUUUUUUUCUUUUCUCUU